AACCCAACCGCCGGAGCGGAUCAGCAGCUGAUAUUUGUUGUUGUUGUGACGGUGACGCGGCAGACCGGCCAAGCGGCAAAUGAGUCAGCAACGAUAGCGGUCUUUUUCUUCCGUCGUGGAAAUCUAGGUCUCACAGAAUUUUAACAAACUGUGAUUACCACAUCUUAGCGAAAAUGGCGGUUCCUGCAGCCCCUAACCUGCAGUUGAACACAACAAGACAAAGCAGUCCCGUCAACUCCUCAGAAAAUAACAUCCAUAUCGACGAAAAAGAUUUGGAAAACAUAGCUCAAAACGAAGAGGACGGCACUUCCCUACCUUUGCAUUCUCCCUGGACAUUUUGGCUUGAUAGGUCAUUACCAGGCACAACAGCAGCUGAAUGUGAAUCGAAUCUGAAGAAAAUCUACACAGUGCACACUGUCCAGAGUUUCUGGAGCGUCUAUAACAACAUCCCCCCGGUGACGUGUCUCCCGCUACGCUGCAGUUACCACCUCAUGAGAGGCGAGAGAAGGCCGCUGUGGGAAGAAGAAAGUAAUGCUAAGGGUGGCGUCUGGAAGAUGAAAGUUCCCAAAGAGAGCACUGCUGCAGUAUGGAAGGAGUUGCUAUUAGCUACCAUCGGAGAACAGUUUACUGACUAUUGUGCUUCAGAGGAUGAAGUGGUGGGAGUGAGCGUCAGUGUGCGCGACCGGGAGGACGUGGUUCAAGUGUGGAAUGGAAACGCAUCUUUUGCCACUGAAGCAAACAUAUUAGGAAGAAUCUAUGAGCUUCUUCCACAAAUAUCUUUUAAAGCAGUAUUUUAUAAGCCACACAUGGAGCAUCAUGCGUUUGAAGGAGGUCGCUCAAGGCAUUAGCAGGCUUUGCACAUUUAGCCAUUCUUCCCCUUUUUUGUAAUUUUUUGGACGGUUUCAAGAAAGACGGACUGAACUUUAUCCUCUCCAGAACACUACUGUCUAAGUUCAGACGUUUCAGUUUUGUGAUCACCGCGUCGGCCUGGGAAACAGAACAUGUUACGGCUUCUUCAUCAUGGGCUUUUUGAGUUGACAACUUUCAUCUCAUUUUAUCAGCAAUACCGAAAAGGAGAGCACUCAACAGUAGCAUGUGUACUAUAUUUUACUCCAGUAGGGGGCACUAUUCCCAGUUCACUGCUUCAGGACGGUUCACUUUGUAGAUGCA